GCCGAGCCGAGGAAGGAGAUCGCGGGCCCAGGGCUCGCUGCAGGGCCGGGCAGGGGAGACAGAGAAGGGGGCUUGGGCCCCAGCCCCGGCCCGGACAUGGGGUCAGAGAACCCCGCGGCCCGUGGGCUCAGCCGCCGCCUCGGUUCGCUGCUGCCGCCGCCGCUGCUGCUGCUGCUGCUGCUGCUGCUUCCAGCACCCGGGAGCUCAUCCAGGGGGACGCCUAGCCCUGGGGAGAUCGCGGGGGUCCCUCAGGUGGCUGGGCUCUGCGGGAGGCUGACCCUACACAGAGACCUGCGCACAGGCCGCUGGGAACCUGACCCUCAGCGCUCACGCCGCUGCCUCCGAGACCCGCAGCACGUGCUGUCCUAUUGCAGACAGGUGUACCCCGACCUCCAGAUCGGCCGCGUGGAGGAGGCCUCACGACCCAUUCCUAUGGAGCGCUGGUGUGGGGGUGCCCGCGGGACCAGAUGUCCCCACCACGUGGUGAUCCCCUAUCACUGCCUUCCAGGUGAGUUUGUGAGCGAGGCACUUCUGGUUCCGGAGGGAUGCAAGUUCCUGCACCAGGAGAGGAUGGAUGAGUGUGAGGGCUCAGCCUACAGGCACCGCCAAGCCCAAGAGGCUUGCGGCUCUGAGGGCCUCAUUCUUCAUGGCUCUGGGAUGCUCCUCCCAUGUGGAACAGAUCGAUUUCGAGGUGUAGAAUAUGUCUGCUGCCCUGCUACAGGCACCUCCAUACCUCCCCAGACCCCUUAUAGUGAUACUCCCACCCAGCCCCAAUCCCCGGGGGGAGAUGAGGAAGAGGAAGAGGAGCCAUUUCCCCAAACGGUAGAUGACUAUUUUGUGGAGCCCCCAGGGGAGGAUGAGGAAGAAGAGGAGGGUGAGGCCAGAAGACUCCAGCAGCCCAGCACCCAACCCCCUUCCAGGGCCAGCAAAGGGAGCCCAACCGCCCGGCCUACUGACGGUGUGGAUGUGUACUUUGGAAUGCCGGGUGAGGGUGGUGAGCACGCAGGCUUCCUAAGAGCAAAAAUGGAUCUGGAGGAAAGACGCAUGAGGCAGAUUAAUGAGGUCAUGAGAGAAUGGGCUGAGGCUGACAAUCAAGCCAGGAACCUACCUAAGGCUGACAGGCAAGCUCUGAAUGAGCAUUUUCAGUCAAUCCUACAGACAUUAGAGGAGCAGGUGUCUGGGGAGCGCCAGCGACUGGUGGAGACCCACGCUGCCCGAGUCAUUGCACUCAUCAAUGACCAGCGUCGAGCAGCCUUGGAGGGCUUCCUCGCCGCUCUUCAGGAGGAUGAGCCCCAGGCAGAACGGGUGCUCCAGGCCCUGAAACGGUACCUGAGGGCUGAGCAGAAGGAACAAAGACAUACCAUACGCCAUUACCAACAUGUGUCUGCCGUAGACCCUGAGAAAGCUGAGCAGAUGCACUUCCAGGUUCAGACCCAUCUCCAGGUGAUCGAGGAACGCAUGAAUCAAAGCCUGGGACUGCUUGAGCAGAACCCACACCUGGCCCGGGAACUUCAACCCCAAAUCCAAGAGCUGCUCCGGGCUGAGCAUCUUGGUCCUGGAGAGCUGGAGGCACCUCCCCCAGGGGGCAGCAGUGAGGAUGGGGGUGGCCCCCCACCACCUGCUGCAGAAGAAGACCUGGGUGCAACGAUGCCUCUUAAAGGGUCCACAGAAGGGGAUGGAGCUGAGCGACUCCAGGAGCAUAAGGUGAAUGUCUCCAUCCCUCGAGGUCUCCCAUUCCGCUCUCCUGAGAUCCAGAGAGAUGAGCUGGAGCCAGGAAUGGGUUCGGGGACAGGCGUGGCCCGUGGGGCUGUGGCAGGGCUCCUGGUGGUGGCCGUGGUUGUAGCGGCUGUCGUUGUCCUGUCUCUGCUGGUGGCCCGGAGGAGGCGGCCCUAUGGGGCUAUCAGCCACGGGGUCGUGGAGGUGGACCCAAUGCUGAGCCUGGAGGAGCAGCAGCUCCGAGAGCUGCAGAGACACGGGUACGAGAACCCAACCUAUCGGUUCCUGGAGGAGCGACCCUGAGUGACCAGACCCUAUCCCCAACCCAUGAGUCCCCAAACCCUAACUCUGGGGGAACCCCAAACCCCCAAUCUUUGACCCAGAAGGAUCCCCAAGCCCCCAAUUCCUGCCUUUGAGGGACCCUUAAACCCCAAACCUCUGACCCUUGGGGCCCUGAAACUCCUGCUCUCUGACCUUAGAGGCCCCCUAAGCCCAUGGCUACCCCAUCUCCUCCCCUAAUUUAUUUUCUAAGUUAAUUGGGUGCAGAAAAGCUGCCCCACUCCACCCCAGGGCUCCCACUCUGUCUCCUAUCUUGUGACCCAGUGAAACUAAUGAUUCAAUAAACCUUUCCUGUCCAACA